UUCAGCCUUAUUACGGUUGUCGAAGACGAAAAUCGAGAGCAGUCGAAGUCGUUGUCGAUUUCGAUUAUUUUUGGUAUUAUGUAACUUUUUCGACUCUUGUUAUUUUGUAAUAGAUUGAAAAGUAAAAGAUGUGCUAUACUGUCAAAACAAUGUUUACUUUUUACAUAAUUGUCCGCCAAAGGCAACAUUGAAAUUUUCUCAAUAUAAAAUAAAAUAAAUAUAAUAAAACAAAUAUGUUAAGUUUGGGACAUUUUUUUUCUUCGGAUGAAGACGACGAGGCAUAUACAGAAUGUGAUAUGAGUGCUUUGCGUAAGGAAAUAAGACAGAAUUCGGACAUAUUUGCAAUGCCCAAUUCAAAUUUCAUUGGCCUUUUUAGAUUGAAUAAAGAUGCUUUUAAAUACGUCUUGGAAAGCAUAUCGGGUAAAUUGCAAGACCCAAUAAAGUCGUCUGCUGUUCCCAAAGAAUUGAAGUUGGCGGUAACAUUGCGCAUACUUGCUGAAGGCAGUUACCAAAAAGGAGCUGGCAACGACUAUAAUGUUGGGCUUUCACAGUCUUCUGUAAGCAAAAUUUUUACAGAAUGCAUUGAUGCAAUGCACAGUGAAAUUUGUCCAAAAUGGAUAUCGGUUAGAAUGACGGAAGUGGAAAAGUUUGAAAUAAAGGAUUAUUUUUAUAAAAAGUUUAAAUUUCCCGGCAUUAUUGGAUGCAUAGAUGGAACGCAUAUCAAAAUUUUGGCUCCAGGAGUUGGUGAAAGAUUUAAAUAUUAUAAUCGAAAAGGAUUUUAUAGUUUAAAUGCUACCGUGGUUUGCGACCAUAAACUUAGAAUCAGAUAUAUAUCCCCCAAUCAUCCCGGCUCAGUUCACGAUUCAUUGGUGUGGAAUACAAGCGACUUAAAAGAGUUUCUAAAGACCAACUAUUUAAAUGGCGAAACUAAUACAUGGCUGCUUGGAGAUGCAGGCUACCCUCUUGAACCCUACUUGAUAACUCCAUUCAGGUCAGCGGAAGACGGAACUGCAGAAAGCCGCUUUAAUUACAUACAUUCACAAGCUAGAAAUGUAGUGGAGCGUACAAUUGGUGUCCUCAAAAAUCGUUUUCGAUGUAUUUUAGGAGCGAGGCAACUGCAUUAUAAACCGAAAAUGGCUGGAAAAAUUACUUCUGUUUGUGCUGCUUUGCAUAACAUAUGUAUUCAUUACAAAAUUGAAUCCGCAGUUGAGCCCAAUGAAAGCACAGAAAUUCCUAGCAAUGAAGCAAUGUCGAACCUCAAUGAAACUAGCGAAGACGCCACUGCUUUAAAUAUAAGAAGGAGAAUUAUGCAGUCUUUGGAUAUUUAUUAAAGUUAUUUAAAAUAAAAGGUACUUCAGGCACUUAGAUUAUAAAAUAAAAUAAAAAAGGAACACAAAACAAAUUACA